UUACAAGCUGGUGCAUGCCUGGGAAGAGAGAUAGAGAUGGAAAUAUAGAAACUGCGCCUGUGUCGGGUGUUUGGUUUUACAGCUCGUGAUGAGAUAGAAAGAGGAGAGAGAGAGAGAGAGGGGGGGUGGUGUUUUGUCAGCUUUUGUCAGGUGGGGUAGGGGUUACUAAGUAACAAUUGAGAAAUCUAUGCCUUGUUGUUUCAAUGAGUAGUUGGAACUUGGAAAAGCCUUGUCCUUUUGAUGGACUCUCCAAGGUCUCUCUUCCUCUCUCUUCUCCUCUUCUCCUCUACUAGACCAAAUCUUCAUUUUUCUAUUCGUUUUGGGUGACUGAUUUCUCUCUUUUGUUAUGCUGCAAAAGUGAGUGAGGAAAGAUAUAGAGGAGGGACAAUCUCAAUCUUCAAAAAUAAAGAGGAGUUCAUAAGAGAAACUUAGGCAUGAAUUGCGUUACAGAGCUUGAACCAGAUUAUUCUGAGUUUGUUGAAGUUGAUCCUACCGGUAGAUAUGGAAGGUACAAUGAAAUUCUUGGCAAAGGAGCUUCCAAGACAGUAUACAGAGCCUUCGAUGAGUAUGAAGGGAUUGAAGUAGCCUGGAACCAGGUGAAGCUUAAUGAUUUCCUGCAGAGUCCUGAAGAGCUGGAGAGGCUGUACUGUGAAAUUCAUCUGCUCAAGACCUUGAAACACAACAACAUCAUGAAAUUCUACACUUCCUGGGUUGAUCCUGCAAACAGGAACAUUAAUUUUGUGACAGAGAUGUUCACCUCCGGUACUCUUAGACAGUAUAGGCUAAAACACAGGAGAGUUAACAUCAGAGCUGUGAAGCAUUGGUGCAGACAGAUCUUAAGGGGGCUGCUCUACCUCCACAACCAUAAACCCCCUGUUAUCCACAGAGAUCUCAAGUGUGACAACAUUUUUGUCAAUGGCAACCAAGGGGAAGUCAAGAUUGGUGAUCUGGGGCUGGCUGCAAUUCUUCGGAAAUCCCAUGCAGCUCACUGUGUUGGAACACCAGAGUUCAUGGCCCCAGAAGUGUAUGAAGAGGAGUACAAUGAAUUAGUUGACAUCUAUUCUUUUGGAAUGUGCAUCUUGGAAAUGGUUACCUUUGAAUAUCCAUACAGUGAAUGCACCCACCCCGCUCAGAUCUACAAGAAAGUUAUCUCCGGUAAAAAACCAGAUGCCCUUUACAAAGUGAAGGAUCCUGAGGUGCGGCAAUUUGUCGAAAAAUGCUUAGCCACGGUGACUCUUAGGCUUUCUGCCAGGGAGCUUCUGAAGGACCCUUUUCUCCAAAGUGAUGACUAUGGGUCUGAUUUGAGGCCAAUAGAGUACCAGAGGGAUUUGGGUGAAGUUGGCCCUCUCCCGAGACUACCUCACUAUGGCAUUCAUCAUAGUUACAGCUCUUUGAGGAACGAGUAUUCGGGCUAUCCCGACUUUGAACCAGAGAAUGGCUUAGACUGCCACCCAGUUGAGUUUGAAAGAAAUGAAAUUGAUCUCUUCACUUAUCAAGAGGAUGAGCAUUUGGAAAAUGUUGAUAUCUCCAUCGAAGGGAGAAAGAGAGAUGAUCAUGGAAUCUUUCUAAGGCUCAGAAUUUCAGAUAAAGAAGGUCGGGUUCGGAACAUUUACUUCCCUUUUGAUAUGGAGACUGACACGGCACUGAGUGUUGCAAUGGAAAUGGUUUCUGAGCUGGAUAUUACCGACCAAGAUGUGACUAAGAUAGCAGAUAUGAUAGAUGAUGAGAUUGCUAGCCUGGUACCGGGUUGGAAGAUGGGGCUUGGCAUAGAGGAGAGCCAGAAUUAUGGCCAUGAUGCAAGUUUCUGUCACCAUUGUGCUUCAAACGGUUCCCCUUUAGAUUACGUGUCACCAAAUAACCCGGGCACCAAAAAUUUGCAAGUUCUUCAAUGUUCAAGACAGGGAUGUGCUGCUGUGCAUGGCCGCUUUGAAGAGAUCACUUACCGAGUUGAAGGGUCUGAACAAUGUGUUACAGAAGGUGCCCCAGUUGUUUCUAGCCAAUCUGAUGGAAUGCAGUAUGCUGAUAUUUGGGCUCAACGAGAGGGACCUGAAUUAAGUUCAGAGGGGUCCAGGGAGAUCCAAUCUGAUGAAGAGCAUGAAUCAUUAGACAAAUCAAUCUAUGGAAAGGAUGAGAGAGUCAUAAAUAUCGAUAACCAAAGUGAAUCCAAUGCAAAGAACUCUUUUGCUCCCCUGGACGAUUAUGAGAAUGAGAUCAGGCAGGAAUUGAGAUGGCUGAAAGCAAAGUACCAAAUGCAGCUGAGGGAGCUUAGAGAUCAACAGUUAGGAGCCAAACCAAAAUGGCUGAGUCUAACCCCAAAUUCAGAUAGCAUGGAACACAGUAGAGAUAACAAGGUUUCACCUUCUUCACUCUCAACCCCACUGGAGGGAGAGGACAAUGAUCCUCCCUUGAAAUCUUUUCCCUGUGGGAAGCAUUUUAACUCAUUUUUUCCUGUUGAUACUGAAAGGGGAUGUGCCAAUUUAGCAUAUCGAAGGCCCCAUAAUCGUGAGCCAGUGAGCGAAUCCUGCAGCCCUGAGGACAUGGUAACUGCCAAGAGUUUCUUUACAGGGACUUUGCUACCACAAUCUCUUCACAGGGCAACUUCUCUUCCAGUUGAUGCUGUAGACUUUUGAAGCCUGCAAGGUUCUCUACGAAGCUUUAACCAAGUUUUCACCACACCGGCAAACUUAUUAACAGGCUGCCUCUCUUUAUUGAUUGGAGAACUGUAGGUGAGGGGAAAUAUUAUUUGUACUGAGCAAUAUGAAGCCCUCCAAGCGGGAUCACUUGGGUUGAAAUGAGUUUCAUGUAAAUUACCCACUAACUUCAAUGUCAACAAGGGCACCCCACAAUCCAAUAUCAUCUCCCAAAACAAGGGAGAAUCUCUUUAUCUUCAUUGGAUGCCUUUGUGGGAGAGAGGUAACCCAUUAAAGAAUUGCAUAUGCCUGUAGUUUACUACAAUAUGUCAGUAAAGACUGGCUAAUAAAAAGUUUUUGAGAGCAUUUAUCAA